GACUCCGCGGGAGGGCGGCAGGGCGGAGGUCAGGGCUCUCGGCGGAGGACGAGGCGUGGGCUUCUUCCUCAGGCCAGGGAAAGCAGAGAAUAUGAAAGCCUAUCUAAAGAGUGCAGAAGGCUAUUUUGUCCUGAAUAAAAGCACUACGAUUGGAAGGCAUGAAAAUUCAGACCUUGUUUUAGAGUCUGCAGACGUCGACAACCAUCACGCACUCAUUGAAUAUAAUGAGGCCGAAAGCAGCUUUGUUCUCCACGACUUCAAUUCCUGCAACGGCACGUUCGUCAAUGAGUGCCACAUUCAGAACGUGGCUGUGAAGCUCCUACCCGGAGACAUUCUGAGGUUUGGGUCCGGAGGGCUGACCUACGAACUGGUCAUCGAAAACCCAGCCUCUGUCUCCUUCCCAUGGGUGAGGGGCCCAGCACCUUGGCCAAGGCCACAGCCACCUUGGGCCACCCAGCAACUGAACCAGUCACCCUCACCACCAAAGACCCCCUUCUACCCAGGCACCUGGUCAGCGCCAGUGCAGAGGAGCAGGACGCAGGGGUCCCCCGAGCCCCCCAUGGUCCCACCAGCCUCCCACAGGCAGCACGUGAGUGCCAGCGAGAAGAUGUUCUCCUUCGGGGUGGACAGAGCCGCCCACAGCGUUCCCAUCAUCAGGCAAGUGUGGACCAACGCGGCGGAACUGUCGGAACAAUCAGUGGCCGAGGAAAUUCCUGGGGCAGAGCCCUACAGAGAAAUUUUUGUGGACCAGGACCUGUCCCAGUACGAUACGGAUGAAAUAAUUCUGCUGCUGGGAAAAGAAGUCAGCCGUCUCUCCGAUUUUGAACUUGAAUCUAAAUACAAAGACACGGUGAUAGCAAGCCUGCAGAACGAAGUGGCCAACCUUAGGCAGAAGCUGUUGGAAACAGCCGCCUCCAGGCAGAAGGAGAGGGUGAUCCCGCCCAAGUUUCAGGUUCUGCAUGAAGAGGACGAUGCCCAACAGAGAGAGAUCCAGAGCCUGAAAAACCAGAUCAGUGCCCUACAGCAAGGCUACAACCAGGUGCUGUGCCAGACCCUGUCUGAGAGAAAAUUAGAAAUCACCUCCCUGAAGCACGAGGCCGAGAACUUAAGGAGGGACGCCGCCACAACGUCAGAGAUGGUGUCAUCUUUGCAAAGAGACGUGUUAGUAAAGGAUGGUCAAGUUCAACAACUACAACAGGAGGUGAAUCAACUGAAAAGUGAGAACAAAGAAAAGGAUCACCAGCUCGAAGCCCUCAGCUCCAGAUGCUCAGUGCUGAAAGAAGAGUUACAGAAGGAAGAUGCCCAAAAGGAGAAGUGGGAAGCCCAAGAGAAAGAGUUAAAACUCUGCAAAACCCAAAUCCAGGACAUGGAAAAAGAAAUGAGGAAGCUCAGGGUGGAGCUGAAAAGGAGCAGUACCGAGCAGAGCCUGAUCUCUAUGAUGCUGCAGGAAAAGAGCAAGGUUGAAGAGAAGCUUCGGGAGGAUUCCAGAAGGAAAUUGCUUCAGCUGCAAGAAAUGAGGAACAGAGAAAACCUCAUUAAAGCCCAUUUGGAAAGGGUAGUAGGUCAGAUGAAGAUCAACAGUUCUCGGGAAACUCAGCAGUAUUUGCUGCAAGAACAGUUACGGCAGCAUCUGGCAGAGAAGGAGAAGCUGACCGAGGAAAGGCUACAGCAAGAGGAGAAGCUGAAAGCCAGAGUCAAGCGGCUAAUGUCAGAGAAAUCGCCUCAAAAUGGCCUUUCCAGCCCAGGGUCCAUCAUGGCCACUGAGAAGUUAUGGAAAACGGAUGUGGCUGAGGCUUUAGAUCUUAGUGAAAAGCUGUACUUGGAUAUGAGCAAAACCCUCGGGACUAUGAUGAACAUCAAAGAUAUGUCAGGUCACGUGUCGAUGAAACACCUCUCCCCAGAAGAGAGGGAGAGAGUCUACCAGCUUCGACAAAGAGACCUGUACCUGGUGUUUGAUAAGAUCACCCUACUCAAGAACCAGCUGCAGAGAAAAGAAGAGCUUUUGAGACGAUACGAGAAGGACAUUGAACAGCUCAAGCAGAGCAAAGUGUCGGUUCAGAUGUCGGUGGCAAAGCUGAAGGACGACAUCUCCAAAGAGGCCGAAGGAAAGGCGCUGCUGAAGGAGGCCCUGGUGCACAUGGAAGAGCGGCUGCACCAGGAGAAGAAGGUCACCAGGGCGAUCAGGCAGCAGAAGGUUGGAGCCAGAAAAGGCACCCCAAAGAUGGACCAAGGAAGGGAGAUGCUGAAGAGAGAAGUGUCUAGCAAAUCCAGCCAGAGCCUUCUGUUUUCUAAACCUGGUGGAAGGAACUAG